UAAGAAAAAAAGGAUCAGCGAAAAGACUGAGCAAGAUCAAUGAAAAUCUCAAGGGUAAUCAGAAACAGCGAAUUGCAAGUGUUGGGUUUGAGGGACUCCUUGAAAUAAAGUGCAACAUUGUUCCUGAGAAGUUGUCAACUUGGCUAGUUAACAAUUUCGACAUCAACAAGUCCGAGUUGGUGAUCCCUUACAAGGGGACAAUAAAGGUGGACGAUAAAGUUGUUAAACGAGUGCUCGGGUUACCAAUGGGCCCGAACUCUGUUGUUUAUGAAAAGAAGAGUUAUUCUGAUACAUUCACUGAGUUCUAUAAAGUUUUCGGCCAUGAGAAUGAUCAUAAGGCACCAUAAUUUGUAGAAGUUGAAAAAUGGUUGUCUGGUGAGGAAAAGAAUUCAAUAGAUGACAAAUGGUUGAAGGUUUGGCUAAUGUUUGCAAUUAGCACCUUCUUGUGCCCAACAUCAAGCCCAAAGUUGUGUGUGAGGGAUUUCCAUUCCAUUUCAAUCACCGAAGAGAUUAAAGGAUACAACUGGUGCAAACUAGUAGUGGACAGACUCAUUAAAGGAAUUGCAAAGUUUAAGUCUGGGAAGCGAAAGUUUGUGUCCGGGUGCCUCUUCUUCCUUACCAUAUUGUAUCUAGAUUCACUCGAUGUUGGUGAUAUCGUUAACAACGACUUGGAAAUAAGAGCCGCUGCGUGGACGGGACAACUCGUCUCCAAAGUCUGCCUCAUGGAUAAGCUCUCCGAGACUCAGUUCGGCAAACUACAACUAAAGCCAGAUCACAACGAUGAUCCCACCAGAAAGGAUCCAACAAUUCAUCGAUUCAAACAUGCCGGAAUCGAUCAUUGUUAAUCGGGAGGUCCUCAAAAGUGCAUUAAGCGAGUUCAGCAUUGCAAUCAAUCAAGCUUUUGUCAACCUUACACAAAAGUUGUGCCAAGGGGUACAACAGCAAGAAGCACAUGCAGAAGGAGGUCAAGCAGGCCCCGGUACCUCUAAAGGUACCCGGGAGAUUAGGAGUAAAAGGAAGAACGACAUUCAGGAAAAAUCACUCGGUGAGAUUAGGAGUGAUGAAGAAGACUCCAGCAGCGAUGAAGAUUAUGCCAACUUUGACUCUUGCGAUACAGAGGGGGACGAAGAUGAUGAGAACAAUGAUGGAUUUGGAGAUGAUAUCAAUUCAUCACAAAUUGACCCAAGAACUACUGAGA